AUCUUGGAUCCGGGCUGGGUAAUAAAUUCUCUCGCAGGAGCGCGUGCUCUCUCUUGAGAGGCGCCUCGCUGGUAGGGUGUUAGUAACUCCUUCUCUCCCCUGGCCCUGCGCUCGGUGGUUUCCGCGUGGCGCUGAGCAGGCCCUAGGCGGCCCCAGCUCGAGGCCCGCGUCGCCAUGGCCGCGGUUCCCGAGUUGCUGCAGGAGCAGGAGGAAGACCGCAGCAAGAUGAGAUCUGUAUCUGUGGACCUGAAUGUUGAUCCUUCGCUUCAGAUUGAUAUACCUGAUGCACUCAGUGAGAGAGAUAAGGUCAAGUUUACAGUGCAUACCAAGACAACUCUGCCCAUAUUUCAGAGCUCAGAGUUUUCUGUUACAAGGCAACAUGAAGACUUUGUGUGGUUACAUGAUACUCUUAUUGAAACUACAGACUAUGCUGGACUCAUUAUUCCUCCUGCUCCUACAAAGCCUGACUUUGAUGGCCCUCGAGAGAAGAUGCAGAAACUGGGUGAGGGUGAAGGGUCUAUGACUAAAGAAGAAUUUGCCAAGAUGAAGCAAGAGCUGGAAGCUGAAUAUCUUGCUGUCUUUAAGAAGACUGUAUCUUCCCAUGAGGUUUUCCUUCAGCGCCUCUCUUCACAUCCUGUUCUCAGUAAAGACCGCAACUUUCAUGUUUUCUUGGAAUAUGACCAAGAUUUAAGUGUUAGGCGGAAAAAUACCAAAGAGAUGUUUGGAGGAUUUUUUAAAAGUGUGGUGAAGAGUGCUGAUGAAGUCCUUUUUUCUGGAGCUAAGGAGGUAGAUGACUUCUUUGAGCAAGAGAAGAAUUUCCUCAUUAAUUAUUAUAAUAGAAUCAAGGAUUCUUGUGGAAAAGCCGACAAAAUGACAAGAUCACAUAAAAAUGUUGCAGAUGACUAUAUCCACACUGCAGCCUGCCUGCACAGCCUGGCUUUAGAAGAGCCCACCGCAAUCAAAAAGUACCUGCUGAAGGUUGCUGAGCUCUUUGAAAAACUUAGGAAAGUGGAGAGUCGAGUUUCUUCAGAUGAAGAUUUAAAGUUGACAGAACUCCUUCGAUACUACAUGCUCAACAUAGAGGCUGCCAAGGAUCUGUUAUAUAGACGUACCAAAGCCCUCAUUGACUAUGAGAACUCAAACAAAGCACUGGAUAAAGCCCGUUUGAAAAGCAAAGAUGUCAAGUUGGCUGAGACAAACCAACAGGAAUGCUGUCAGAAAUUUGAACAGCUCUCUGAGUCUGCAAAAGAAGAACUCAUCAAUUUCAAACGAAAGAGAGUGGCAGCAUUUAGAAAGAAUCUAAUUGAAAUGUCUGAACUGGAAAUAAAGCAUGCCAAGAACAAUGUCUCCCUCUUGCAGAGCUGUAUUGACUUGUUCAAGAACAACUGAUUUGCCUUUUCCCUGAAAGAAGCACACGAAUGUGAAAGUCGGGAUUACUUGCACUUAAAUCAUUACCACAGAGGAUUUAUUACUUUAGUUUAAAAUUUAAUGUGAAUAAAUAUUUUGAUUUUUAAAAAUCUUCAACACUUAACCAUGUUGGUUUAAAAGCAUUUCUAUUGCAUGCUACUUAGGUAUGACUAAUCUUUAUCUUAGGCUUUUAGUACCUCAAAGUGAGAAGACUCUAAAUACUUGAGUCCUCUGUAAUUGGUCUUCAGUCCUUAAGAAAGGGUUUAGGAAAAUGCCUCUUGAAACAAGAUAAGCAGUUACCUAUUACAUGCCAUUGACUAUUUCUUGUGCCCAUUUUCCUGCAAGCCCAUUUAUACAGAUUGCAAAGUAAUUCAGCUACUUGUUCAAUGAUGAUAGACAUAUCGUUACCCUCUUAAUUUUUUAAUUUCUUCAUUGGGUUAGUGGUUUAUAGUUCACAGUAGGAUGCCGUAGUUUUACAUGUAUGUGGGACAUUUCUCAGUUUUCCACAUAACAAUUCAACCCCCACCAGGUUCUCCUACCAUCAUGUUCCAGUUAACCCUUUGAUGUGAUAUACCAGCCAUUCCCCUCUUAGUCAUUAAGUUGGGGUAUAAAUAAUUGCAGGAGGUAGAUAAGGGCCUAUAUAAAGUAGACAUCAUGGUCUACUUUAGGUUAUAGCCAGAUCUACAUUAAGAUGUGAACUCCCUAAUGGUGGGUGUGCAUUUGGAUUGCUUUUAUAGACUAUAAUAAAGAAAUAAGUCAUGCUA